AUGAAGGCUCUUAUUUUGACUGGACUCAUCCUGACCUUUGCCACUUGCUUUCCGUUCAGUGAAAGUCAGCAGUCACAGAACCAGGCAAUAGGAAAGACAAUCAAAAAUCCAUCAGUCCAAAGUUCUUCUGACAAAAUAUCAGAAAGCAGAUCUCCACCCUGCCACGUCAAUAGAAUUCCUAAAGCUGUUUCUCAUGCCUCUGCACCAGCAGUACAGACUAACAAAGCCGCCAGUAGAUUGUCUUCAAAUCCUAGGACUUCAACUGUAAAGAAAAAACCCGUGCAAUCUUCACAAAAACAAAAUCUGCAGGUGAAGCCUAAGAAAAAGACACUGAUGGCCAAUAAAGGGUUACCACCCUCCUCCUCUGGUGUCAAAAAGCAAAAUGCUCCACGUGGGACAAGCAAAUCUCUGAAGCCAUCCAUAAACAGUAAAAGGACAACUGAAAAAAACAAAGAGACUGCAGCAACAUCAAAAACAGCUUCUACCAUCAAGAAAACUGAAAAUGCACCUGAAAAACCCACAUCUGUCUCUGGCAAAAAGCAAAAUUCGCCAACAGCAGUAGCAAAAAGAAUUCCAGCUACAAAGAAAAACCCUCAAAACUCUAAGAAACCCCUACCUCCACCUGUGAAGAAACAAUCUACAGCCCUGGCAGCACCCAAAACAGCAGCCACCCGAAAGAGUUCACCCAGGAAGAAAACUGUUCAGACACAAAGAAAGAAGGAAGCAGUCACUCCGGUCAAAAAGUGGCCCGUUAAGGCAGCAGCUACUGCGACAGCUUCCAAUCCCACUAAAUCUAGAAAGGCAACACCUGAAACUGCCAAGAAAAAUCAGAACCCAGCAAAAGCAGUUGCAGCAGCCCCCCAAGAAUGUUCACCCAAAGAGAAAACUGUACUUAACGAACACAAGAAAACAGUAGUCCCAGUCAAGAAGGGGCCUGUUAAGGCAACAAAAACAGCAGCAGUUUCCAAAGCCAAGAAGGAAAACCCAACUAGACCUAAGGCAAUACCUGUAAUUGGCAAGAAAACUCAGAACCAGGCAAAAGCUGUUGCCGCAGCCCCCGGGGAAAGUGCAACCAAAAAGAAAACUGUACAGAACCAAACGAAGAAAUCAGUAACUCCGGUUGAAAAGGGACCAAUUAGGGCAGCAGGAACCAGAGCAGCUUCCAAAGUUAAAACAGAAACUCUUACAGGGUCUAAAAAGAGAGCACCUAUGUCUUCCAAUAAAAAGCUACAUGAACCCAGAAAACUUGCAUCAAAAAGCAAAAAGUCUAUAGCCAAAACUAAAGUGCCAAAGAUAUCCAAGAAACCUCUUGCUGCACCUUCCAAGAAAGAUGUGAAUCAUACUAAACCAGCACCAAAAACAUCAGAAACUUCAAAGAAACAAGCAAAUCAAUCUAAAUGUGUCUUGUCUAAACCUAGAGGAAAACAGUCAAAUCUAGCAAAAAGCAAGGCUCCAGCUCUCAUAAACACUGGGAACCAAAAAGAAAAUCUAAAAAAGUAUAAACCAGCUGCCAAAACAGGGAUCAGUGAGUCUAAACCUAGUCACAAAGGACACAAACAUCCUAUAGCUAAGAAGCAAAUGCAGAAGAAAUCUACAUCGGGUGUAAGGACUGCAAAAGCAGUUCCUAAUAGAAAACCUAUAAAAGCAUCACCAAAAGACAUAAAAGGGCUUAAAGAAAAGCAGUCUAAAUCCCCUGAAAGAAAAAGACAACCUCCAUCAUCAUGCAGAACUGAAAAGCAAUCUGAAACAAGAAGACCUAGAGUUUUCCCAAACAGGUUGAAACAAAGAGGACCUAAAAACAUUCGAGCUUCACCACAUCCUCAACCCUCCAUCCCAUCUAAAUCUCAUAACUCUCGAAGACGACCACCAAAAAACAGUCCACGACCACAACCAAAUAAACCAAGUGGUCAUCAGUUUUACCCUCCUCCACCAAGACCAUGGCCUGUUCCCCCUCCUCCCCAGGCAAACCAAAAUAAUCCUUACAUACCACCCUGCCAUAAGCCAAAACCUCCAACAAAGUCAACAGACAUGAAAGAUAUCACAAAUGAUAACCCAACUGGUGAAGUCUCUACUGAAGAUGAGAUUUCUGACUCAUCUACCAGCUGUACUCCUACAUCCAACAGCAAAACAUCAGUUGCCCCAAUUAGUAUGACUACUGAAGACACCACUACUGCUAAAGAUGCCACAACUACUAUGAAUAAUGCCACAAAUACCACAACUAGGCCUACAUCCUCCUUAGCGGGCACCACUACUCAGUCUGUGAGUAAAACUGCUGCACCAACCACUGUAUCAAGCGGAGCUACUACUACAACUACAGCAGCCUCCACAACUACAGAGGAAAGUACUGCCACAACUAUUGCUACUAAAACUUAUGCUGCUGCUGCUACCACUACACCUACUGGUACCACAACCACCAAAACUAGCCCUAUAUCCUCCUCAGCAGGCACCACUACUCAGUCUGCGAGUACAACUGCUGCAUCCACAACUACAGUAACAGGGGGAGCAAUUACUACAACUACAGUAGGCUCCACAACUCCAGAGGGUAGUACUAAUAAAACUGUUGGUACCACAACUUCUGAGACUACUACAACUACACCUACUGGUACCACAAUCACAACUAGCCCAACAUCCUCCUCAACAGGCACCACUACUCAAUCUGUGAGUACAACUGCUGCACCCACAACCACUAUAUCAGGGGGAGCUGCUACAACAACUGCAGCAGCCUCCACAACUCCAGAGGGUGGUACUACCACAAUUGUUGCUAUCAAAACUUCUGAUGCUGCUACCACUAUACCUAUUGGUGCCAUAACCACCACAAUUAGCCCUACAUCCUCCUCAGCAGGAAACAAAACUAACUCUGUGAGCAUAGCUGCUGCACCACCAACAACAGUGUCAGGGGGAGCUGCUACUACAACUGCAGCAGACUCCACAACUCCAGAGGAUAGUAUUACCACAACUUUUGCUAUCAAAACUUCUGUGGCUGAUACCACUACACCUACUGGUGCCACAUCCACCACAAUUAGCCCUACAUCCUCCUCAGUAGGCAUCACUACUCAUUCUGUGAGUACAACAGCUGUACCUAGAACCACAGUGUCAGGGGGAGCUACUACUACAACUGAAGCACGCUCCACAACUCCAGAGGUUGGUACUACAACAACUGUUGCUACCACAACCUCUGUCAUUAGUACUACACCCCCUUCCGCUCCUACAACAUCUAAGUCAAGUGGGACAAAUACCACACCAAGUAUUUCUCCUUUUACUACUGAACAUAAUACAUUCACAACCAUGGGGAAAGCACCCACCCAGAACUCUGCUGUUACAACUGGAGUAGCUCAGGUCACCAUGAAACCCAAAGAUGACACAACUAUUGAAACUCCUAAUAUAGUGGAUGAAAAAAACCCUGAUGAAGAAGAUGCGACUACCAAAGACACCACUACUGCUAAAGAUACGACAGCUGCUUUAGAUGAUGCCACAACUCUGACAACUAACGCCACAUCAUCCUCAGCAGGCAGAACUACUCAGUCUGUGUGCAAAACUGCUCCACUGACAACCACAGUACCAAGGGAAGCAACUGCUUCAACUACAGUAGCCUGCAAAACUCCAGAGGGUGGUAAUACCACAACUGUUGCUAACACAACUUCUGAUGCUGCUACCACUAAACCUACUACUGCCAAAACUACCACAAAUAGCCCUAUAUCCUCCUCAGCAGGCACCACUUCUCAGUCUGUGAGUACAAGUGCUGCACCCACAACCACCAUAUCAGGGGCAGCUGCUACCACAAGUACAGUAACCUCCACAAGUCCAGAGGAUGAUACUAACAAAACUGUUCCUACCACAUUUUCUGCUGCUACCACUACACCUACUGGUGACACAACCACCACAACUAGCUCGACAUCCUCCUCAGCAGGCACCAUUAUUCAGCAUGUGAGUAAAACUGCUGCACCCAAAACCACAGUAUCAGGGGGAGCUGCUAGAACAACUGCAGCAGCCUCCACAACUCAAGAGAAUGGUACUACCACGACUGUUCCUACCACAGAUUCUGCUGCUACCACAAUAACUGCUGGUGUCACAAACACCACAACUAGGCCAACAUCCUCCUCAACAGGCACAAGUACUGAGUCUCUGAGGAAUACUGCUGCACCCACAACCACAGUAUCAGGGGGAGCAGCUACUACAAUUGCAGCAGCUUCCACCACUCCAGAAGAUGAUAUUACCAAAACUGCUGCUACCACAACUUCUGCCACUGCAGCUACCAUGACACCUACUGGUGCCACUAGCCAUAUAUCCUCUACAGAAGGCACCACUAGUCAAUCUGUGACACACACUGCUUCACUGACAACAGCCGUAUCAAGGGACGCUAUUACUACAGCUACAGCAGCCCCGACAACUCCAGAGGAUGGUAAUACCACAACUGUUGCUACCACAACUUCUGCUGCAGCUACCACUACACCUACUGGUGCCACUUUCAUCACAACUAGCCCUACAACCUCCUUAGCUAGCACCACUAGUGCUUCUGUGAGUACAACUGCUCCACUGACAACCACAGUAUCAGGAGUAGCAGCUACGGCAACUUCAAAAGACUCCCCAACUGAACAGAAUGUUACUACCACAACUGUUGGUACCACAACUUUUGCUCCUGCAACCUCUACACCUAUUGGCGCCUCAACCAUCACAACUAGCCCAAUAUUCUCCUCAACAGGCACCACUACUCAGUCUGUGAGUACAACUGCUGCACACACAACCACAGUAUCAGCGAAACCUGCUACUACAAUGGCAGCAGCCUCCCCAACUCCAUAUGAUGCUAUAACCACAAAUGUUGCAACCACAACUUCUGCCACUGCUGCUACCACUACAUCUACUGGUGCCACAACCACCACAAGUAUUCCAAAAUCCUCUUCAGCAGGAAUUACUACUCACUCUGUGAGUGCAACUGCUCCUCCGAUAACCACAGUGUCAGGUGUAGCUAAUACUACAACUGCAGCAGCCUCCACAACUCCAGAGGAUGGUUCUACUACAAAUUCAACGGCAGCAACCACUACACCUAUUGGUUCCACAUCCACCACAACAAACCCUAAAUCCUCCUCAGCAGGCUACACUACUCAUUCUGUAAGUACAACUGAUGCACCUACAACCACAGUGUCAGGGGAAACUACUAGAACUGUAACAACCUCCACAAUAACAGAUGAUGAUACUACCACAAAUGUUGCUACCACAACUUCUGCCACUGCUACUACCACUACACCUACUGGUGCCACAACCACGAGAACUAUCCCCACAUCGACAUCAGCAGGCACUGCUACUCAGUCAGUGAGUAAAACUGGUUCUCCAACAACCAAGGUGUCAGGAGGAGCUACUAUUACAAGAGUACCAGCACCCACAAAUCCAAAAAUUGAUUCAACCACAACUGUUGCUACCACAACUUCUGCUGCUGCUACCACUACACACACUAGUCCCAGGACUAAAACAUCUAGCCCUACAUCCUCCUCAACAGUCACCACUACUCAAUCUGUGAGUAGAACUGAUGCACAGACAACCACUCUAUUUAGGAGAACAACUACAACUAGAGCAGAAGUCUCCACAACUCCAGAUGAUGGUACUACCACAAAUUUUGUUACUAGAACUUCUGCUACUGCUACCAAUACACCUACUAGUGCAUCAACCACGACAACUAGCCCUAUAUCCUCCUCAGUUAGCACCACUAUUCAGUCUGUGGGUAUAACUGCUGCACCAGCAACUACAAUAUCAGGAGGAGCUACUUCCACAACUGUAGUAACCUCCACAACUACAGAGGAUGGUACUACCAAAAAUCUUGCUACCACCGCUUCUGCCUCUGAUAUUACCACUACAUCUACUGGUACCACAAUCAACACAACUAUCCCUACAUCCUCUUCAGCAGGAAUUACUACUCAGUAUGUGAGUACAACAGCUCCUCCGACAAUCACAGUGUCAGGUGUAGCUACUACUACAACUGCAGCAGCCUCCACAACUUCAGAGGAUGGUUCUACCACAACUGUUGCUACCACAACUUCUGCGGGUGCUGCCACUACACCUACUGGUUCCACAUCCACCACAACUACCCCUAGAUCCUUCUCAACAGACUACACUACUCAUUCUGUAAGAAAAACUGCUGUGCCCACAACUACAGUAUCACUGGAAGCUACUAGAACUGCAACAGCCUCCACAACUCCAGCUGAUGCUACUACCACAAAUGUUUCUACCACAACUUCUGCUGCUUCUACCCCUACACCUACUAGUUCCACAACCACAACAUCUAGCCCUACAUCUUCCUCUGCAGUCACCACUACUCAGUCUGUGAGUAAAACGGCUGCACAAACAAACACAGUAUUUCGAGGAACUGCUACUACAACUGCAGAAGUCUCCACAGCUCCAGAGGAUGGUACUACCACAAAUUUUGCUGCCACUACUUCUUCUACUGCUACCGAUACACCUACCCAUGCCUCAACCAACACAACUAGCCCUAUAUUCUCCUCAGCUGGCACCACUACUCAGCCUGUGAGUACAACUGUUUCACCAGCAACCACAGUAUCAGGGACAUCUACUACCGCAACUCUAGCAAUCUCUAAAAUUCCAGAGUAUGGUACUACCACAAAUAUUGCUACCACAACAUCUGCUUCUGCUGCUACCACUAAACCUAAUGGUACCACAACCACCACAACUAUCCCCACAUUGACCUCCACUGGCACUAAUACUCAGUCUGUGAGUAAACCUGAUUCUACAACAAACGCAGUGUCAGGUGGAGCUACUAUUACAACAGUACCAGCACCCACAACUCCAGAAUUUGGUACUACCACAACUGUUUCUACCACAACUUCUGCUGCUGCUACCACUACACUUGCUAGUCCUAUGACCACAGUAUCUAGCCCUACGUCCUCCUCAGCAGUCAACACUGCUCAGUCUAUAAGUACAACAGCUGCACAGACAACCACAGCUUUAGGGGGAACUAUUACUACAACUGCAGAUGUCUCCACAACUCCAGAGGAUAAUAACACUACAAAUUUCCCUAACACAAUUUCUGCUACUGUUACCAAUACACCGACUGGUGCCUCAACCACCACAGCAAGUCCUAUAUCCUCCUCAGUUGGCACCACUAUUCAGUCUGUGGGUAUAACUGCUGCACCCGCAACUACAAUAUCAGGAGGAGCUACUUCCACAACUGUAGUAACCUCCACAACUACAGAGGAUGGUACUACCAAAAAUCUUGCUACCACCGCUUCUGCCUCUGAUAUUACCACUACAUCUACUGGUACCACAAUCAACACAACUAUCCCUACAUCCUCUUCAGCAGGAAUUACUACUCAGUAUGUGAGUACAACAGCUCCUCCGACAAUCACAGUGUCAGGUGUAGCUACUACUACAACUGCAGGAGUCUCCACAACUUCAGAGGAUGGUUCUACCACAACUGUUGCUACCACAACUUCUGCGGCUGCUUCCACUACACCUACUGGUUCCACAUCCACCACAACUACCCCUAGAUCCUUCUCAACAGACUACACUACUCAUUCUGUAAGAAAAACUGCUGUGCCCACAACUACAGUAUCACUGGAAGCUGCUAGAACUGCAACAGCCUCCACAACUGCAAUUGAUGCUACAACCACAAAUGUUUCUACCACAACUUCUGCUGCUUCUACCCCUACACCUACUAGUCCCACAACCACAACAUCUAGCCCUACAUCCUCCUCUGCAGUCACCACUACUCAGUCUGUGAGUAAAACGGCUGCACAAACAAACACAGUAUUUCGAGGAACUGCUACUACAACUGCAGAAGUCUCCACAGCUCCAGAGGAUGGUACUACCACAAAUUUUGCUGCCACUACUUCUUCUACUGCUACCGAUACACCUACCCAUGCCUCAACCAACACAACUAGCCCUAUAUUCUCCUCAGCUGGCACCACUACUCAGCCUGUGAGUACAACUGUUUCACCAGCAACCACAGUAUCAGGGACAUCUACUACCGCAACUCUAGCAAUCUCUAAAACUCCAGAGUAUGGUACUACCACAAAUAUUGCUACCACAACAUCUGCUUCUGCUGCUACCACUAAACCUAUUGGUACCACAACCACCACAACUAUCCCCACAUUGACCUCCACUGGCACUACUACUCAGUCUGUGAGUAAACCUGAUUCUACAACAAACGCAGUGUCAGGUGGAGCUACUAUUACAACAGUACCAGCACCCACAACUCCAGAAUUUGGUACUACCACAACUGUUUCUACCACAACUUCUGCUGCUGCUACCACUACACUUGCUAGUCCUAUGACCACAGUAUCUAGCCCUACGUCCUCCUCAGCAGUCAACACUGCUCAGUCUAUAAGUACAACAGCUGCACAGACAACCACAGCUUUAGGGGGAACUAUUACUACAACUGCAGAUGUCUCCACAACUCCAGAGGAUAAUAACACUACAAAUUUCCCUAACACAAUUUCUGCUACUGUUACCAAUACACCGACUGGUGCCUCAACCACCACAGCAAGUCCUAUAUCCUCCUCAGUUGGCACCACUAUUCAGUCUGUGGGUAUAACUGCUGCACCAGCAACUACAAUAUCAGGAGGAGCUACUUCCACAACUGUAGUAACCUCCACAACUACAGAGGAUGGUACUACCAAAAAUCUUGCUACCACCGCUUCUGCCUCUGAUAUUACCACUACAUCUACUGGUACCACAAUCAACACAGCUAUCCCUACAUCCUCUUCAGCAGGAAUUACUACUCAGUAUGUGAGUACAACAGCUCCUCCGACAAUCACAGUGUCAGGUGUAGCUACUACUACAAAUGCAGCAGCCUCCACAACUUCAGAGGAUGGUUCUACCACAACUGUUGCUACCACAACUUCUGCGGGUGCUGCCACUACACCUACUGGUUCCACAUCCACCACAACUACCCCUAGAUCCUUCUCAACAGACUACACUACUCAUUCUGUAAGAAAAACUGCUGUGCCCACAACUACAGUAUCACUGGAAGCUGCUAGAACUGCAACAGCCUCCACAACUCCAAUUGAUGCUACUACCACAAAUGUUUCUACCACAACUUCUGCUGCUUCUACCCCUACACCUACUAGUCCCACAACCACAACAUCUAGCCCUACAUCCUCCUCUGCAGUCACCACUACUCAGUCUGUGAGUAAAACGGCUGCACAAACAAACACAGUAUUUCGAGGAACUGCUACUACAACUGCAGAAGUCUCCACAGCUCCAGAGGAUGGUACUACCACAAAUUUUGCUGCCACUAUUUCUUCUACUGCUACCGAUACACCUACCCAUGCCUCAACCAACACAACUAGCCCUAUAUCCUUCUCAGCUGGCACCACUUCUCAGGCUGUGAAUACAACUGUUUCACCAGCAACCACAGUAUCAAGGGCAUCUACUACCGCAACUCUAGCAAUCUCUAAAACUCCAGAGGAUGGUACUACCACAAAUAUUGCUACCACAACUUCUGCGGCAAAUAAUACACUUACUGGUGCCUUAACCACUACAACAAGCCUUAUGUCCUCCUCAACUGGCAACACUACUCCAUCUGUAAGAAGAACUGCUGCACCAGAAACCAUAGAAUCAGGGGCAGCAACUACCACAACUGUAGCAAUCUCUCAAACUUCAGAGGAUGGCACUACCACAAAUCUUGCUACCACCACUUCUGCUUCUGAUGCUACUGCUAUGUCUACUGAUACCACAAUCACCACAACUAUCCCUACAUUCUCUUUAGCUAGCACCACUUCUCAGUCUGUGAGUACAACUGCUCCUUUGACAACCACAGUGUCAGGUACUACUACAACUGCAACAGCCUCCACACCUUCAGAGGAUGUUUCUAACACAACUGUUGCUACCACAACUUCUGCGGCUUCUACCACUACACCUACUAGUUCUAUAUCCACCACAACUACCCCUAGAUCCUCCUCAGCAGACUACACUACUCAUUCUGUAAGAACAACUGCUGUGCCCACAACUACAAUAUCACUGGAAGCUGCUAGAACUGCAAAAGCCUCCAUAACUCCAGCUGAUGCUACUACUACAAAUGUUUCUACCACAAUUUCUGCUGCUGCUACCCCUACACCUACUAGUCCCACAACCACAACAUCUAGCCCUACAUCCUCCUCAGCAGUCACCACUACUCAGUCUGUGAGUACAAUUACUAUAACAGCAACCACAGUAUCAGGGGCAGCUACUACCACAAAUGUAGAAACCUUCACAACUCCAGAGGAUGGUUCUACCACAACUGUUGGUACAACAACUUCUGCAGCUGCUACCGCUACACCUACUGGUUCCACAUAUACCACCAAUAACCCUAAUUCUUCCUCAACAAGCUACACUGCUCAUUCUGUAAGUACAACUUAUGUGCCUACAACCAGAGUAUCAGGGGAAGCUAAUAGAUCUGUAACAGCCUCCACAACUCCAGAUGAUGGUACUACCACAAUUUUUGUUACCACAACUUCUGCCACUGUUGCUACCGCUACACCUACUGGUGCCACAAACACCACAACUUUCCCCACAUCGAACUCAGCAGGCAAUACAUCUCAGCCUGUGCAUAAAACUGGUUCUCCAGCACCAAAUGUGUCAGGUGGAGGUACUAUUACAACAGUACCAGCACCAACAAAUUCAGAAAUUGGUACUACCACAACUUUUGCUACCGCAACUUCUGCUGUUGCUACCACUACAUCUAUUAGUCCCACAACCACAACAUCUAGCCCUACAUCCUCCUCAGCAAUCACCACUAUUCAGUCUGUGAGUACAACUGCUGUACAAGCAAAAACAAUAUCAGGGUCACCUACUACCACAACUGUAGCAACUUUCAAAACUCCAGAGGAUGGUUCUACCACAGCUGUUGCUACCACAAAUUCUGCUGCUGCUACCACUACACCUACUGGUUCCACAUCUAAUACAAAUAACCCUAAUUCCUCCUUAGCAGGAUGCACUACUCAUUCUGUAAGUACACCUGAUGUGCCUACAACCACAGUAUCAGGGGAAGCUAUUCUAUUUGUAACAGCCUCCACAACUCCUGAUGAUGCUACUAUGACAAUUGUUGCUACCACAACUACUGCCUCUUCUGCUACCACUACACCAACAGGUGCCACAAUCACCACAACUAUCCCCACAUCGAACUCAGGAGGCACUACUACUAAGCCUGUGUGUAAAACUGGUUCUCCAACAACCAAGAUGUCAGGUGGAGGUACUAUUACAACAAUACCUGCACCCACAAGUCCAGAAAUUGGUACUACCACAACUGUUGCUACCACAACUUCCGCUGUUGCUACCACAACACCUACUAGUCCCACAACUACAACAUCUAGACCUACAUCCUCCUCAGCAGCCACCACUACUCAGUCUGUGAGUACAACUGCUGCACAGACAACCACAAUAUUUUGGGGAAAUGCUACUAAAACUGCUGAAGUCUCCACGACUCCAGAUGAUGGUACUACCAUAAAGUUUGCUAACACACCUUCUUCUACUGCUACUGAUACACCUACUGGUGCCUCAACCACCACAAGAGGCCCUAUAUCCUCCUCAGCUGGCACCACUACUCAGUCUGUGAAUACAACUGCUGCAUCGGCAACCACAGUAUCAAGGGAAGCUACCACCACAACUGCAGCAACCUCCACAACUCCAGAAGAUGGUACUACCACAGAUGUUGCUAUGACAACAUAUGCCUCUGAUGCUACUACUACAUCUACUGGUAGCAUAAUCACCAAAACUACUACUACAUACUCUUCAGCAGGAAUUACUAUUAAGUCUGUGAGUUCAGCAGCUCCUCUGACAACCACAAUGUCAGGUGUAGCUACAACUACAACUGCAGCAGCCUCCACAAUUUCAGAAGAUGGUGCUACCACAACUAUUCCUACCACAACUUCUGCGGCUGCUGCCACUAUACCCACUGGUUCCAGAUCCAACACAACUAACCCUAGAUCCUCCUCAGCAGGCACCACUACUCAGUCUGUGAGCAAAACUGGUUCUCCAACAAACACAGUGUCAGGUGGAGCUACUAUUAGAACAGUACCAGCACCCACAACUCCAGAACUUGGUACUACCACAACUGUUUCUACCACAACUUCUGCUAAUGAUACAACUACACCUACUAGUCACAUAACCACAGUAUCCAGCCCUAUAUCUUCCUCAGCAGUCAACACUUCUCAGUCUGUAAGUACAACAGCUGCACAGACAACCACAGAUGUAGGAGGAACUAUUACUACAACUGCAGAUGUCUCCACAACUCGAGAGGAUGGUACUACCAUAAAUUUUGCUACAACAAUUUCUGCUACUGUUACCGAUACACUGACUGGUGCCUCAACCACCACAACAAUACCUAUAAUCUCCUCAGUUGGCACCAUCACUAAGUCUGUGAGUACAACUUCUGAAAAAGCAACUACAGUAUCAGGAGCAGCUAGCACCACAACUUUAGCAACCUCCACAAAUCCAGAGGAUGGUACUACCACAAAUGUUCCUUUGAGAACUACUGCCUCUGAUGCUACCACUACAUCUAUUGGUACCACAAUCAACACAACUAUCCCUACAUCCUCUUCAGCAGGAAUUACUACUCAGUAUGUGAGUACAACAGCUCCUCCAACAAUCACAGUGUCAGGUGUAGCUGCUACUACAACUGCAGCAGUCUCCACAAAGUCAGUGGAUAAUUCUACCACAACUGUUGCUACCUCAACUUCUGCGGCUGCUGCCACUACACCUACUGGUUCCACAUCCACCACAACUACCCCUAGAUCCUCCUCUGCAGACUAUACUACUCAUUCUGUAAGAACAACUGCUGUGCCCACAACUACAGUAUCACUGGAAGCUGCUAGAACUGCAACAGCCUCCACAACUCCAGCUGAUGCUACUACCACAAAUGUUUCUACCACAACUUCUGCUGCUGCUACCCCUACACCUACUAGUCCCACAACAACAACAUCUAGCCCUACAUCCUCCUCAGCAGUCACCACUAAUCAGUCUGUGAGUAUAACUGCUGUACCAGCAACUACAGUAUCAGGGGAAGGUACUACCAAAAAUGUUGCAACCUUCACAACUCGAGAUAAUGAUUCUACUACAACUGUUGCUGCCACAACUUCUGUGCCUGCUUUAACUACACCUACUGGUUCCCCAUCUAUGACAAAUAACCCUAAUUCCUCCUCAGCAGGCUACACUACUCAUUUGGUAAGUACACCUGAUGCGCCUACAACCACAGCAUCAGGGGAAGCUACUAGAUCUGUAACAACGACAACAACUCUAAAUGAUGGUACUACCACAAUUGUUGCUACCACAACUUCUGCCGCUGUUGUUAACACUACAUCUACUGGUGCCAAAACCACCACAACUAUCCCUACAUCAAACUCAGCAGGUACUACUAAAAGGCCUGUGCGUAAAACAGGUUCUGCAACAACCAAGCUGUCAGGUUCAGCUAGUACUAAAACAGUACCUGCAAGCACAAUUCCAGAAAUUGGUACUAACAUAACUAUUGCUACGACAACUUCUGCUGUUGCUACCAGAACACCUACAAGUCCCACAACUACAACAUCUAGACCUACAUCCUCCUCAGCAGUCACCACUACUCAGUCUGUGAGUACAACUGCUGCACAGACAACCACAUUAUUUUGGGAAAAUGCUACAAAAAUUGCUGAAGUCUCCAUGACUCCAGAUGAUGGUACUACCACAAAGUUUGCUAACACACCUUCUUCUACUGCUACUGAUACACCUACUGGUGCCUCAACCACCACAACAAGCCCUAUAUUCUCCUCAGCUGGCACCACUACUCAGUCUGUGAGUACAACUGCUGGACCGUCAACCACAGUAUCAGGAGCAGCUACUACCACAACUGUAGCAACCUCCACAACUCCAGAGGAUGGUACUACCACAGAUGUUGCUAUGACAACAUAUGCCACUGAUGCUACAACUACAUCUACUGGUAGCACAAUCACCAAAACUACUACUACAUACUCUUCAGCAGGAAUUACUAUUAAGUCUGUGAGUUCAGCAGCUCCUCUGACAACCACAAUGUCAGGUGUAGCUACUACUACAACUGCAACAGCCUCCACAAUUUCAGAAGAUGGUUCUACCACAGCUAUUCCUACCACAACUUCUGCGGCUGCUGCCACUAUACCCACUGGUUCCAGAUCCACCACAACUAACCCUAGAUCCUCCUCAGCAAGCACCACUACUCAGUCUGUGAGCAAAACUGGUUCUCCAACAAACACAGUGUCAGGUGGAGCUACUAUUAGAACAGUACCAGCACCCACAACUCCAGAAUUUGGUACUACCACAACUGUUUCUACCACAACUUCUGCUAAUGCUACCACUAUACCUACUAGUCCCAUAACCACAGUAUCUAGCCCUACAUCCUCCUCAGCAGUCAACACGGCUCAGUCUGUAAGUACAACGGCUAAACAGACAACUAAAGAUUUAGAGGAAACUACUACUACAACUGCAGGUGUCUCCACAACUCCAGAGUAUGAUAACACUACAAAUUUUGCUACCACAAUUUCUGUGACUGUUACCGAUACAUCUACUGGUCCCUCAAACACCACAACAAGCCCUAUAUCCUCCUCAGUUGGCACCACCACUCAGUCUGUGAGUACAACCUCUGCAACAGCAACUACAUUAUCAGGAGCAGCUAUUACCACAACAAUAGAAACCUCCACAAAUCCAGAGGAUGGUACUACCACAAAUGUUGCUUUGAGAACUUCUGCCUCUGAUGCUACCACUACAUCUACUGGUACCACAAUCAACAAAACUAUCCCUACAUCCUCUUCAGCAGGAAUUACUACUCAGUAUGUGAGUACAACAGCUCCUCCGACAAUCACAGUGUCAGGUGUAGCUACUACUACAACUGCAGGAGUCUCCACAACUUCAGAGGAUGGUUCUACCACAACUGUUGCUACCACAACUUCUGCGGCUGCUUCCACUACACCUACUGGUUCCACAUCCACCACAACUACCCCUAGAUCCUUCUCAACAGACUACACUACUCAUUCUGUAAGAAAAACUGCUGUGCCCACAACUACAGUAUCACUGGAAGCUGCUAGAACUGCAACAGUCUCCACAACUCCAAUUGAUGCUACUACCACAAAUGUUUCUACCACAACUUCUGCUGCUUCUACCCCUACACCUACUAGUCCCACAACCACAACAUCUAGCCCUACAUCCUCCUCUGCAGUCACCACUACUCAGUCUGUGAGUAAAACUGCUGCACAAACAAACACAGUAUUUCGAGGAACUGCUACUACAACUGCAGAAGUCUCCACAGCUCCAGAGGAUGGUACUACCACAAAUUUUGCUGCCACUACUUCUUCUACUGCUACCGAUACACCUUCCCAUGCCUCAACCAACACAACUAGCCCUAUAUUCUCCUCAGCUGGCACCACUACUCAGGCUGUGAGUACAACUGUUUCACCAGCAACCACAGUAUCAGGGACAUCUACUUCCGCAACUCUAGCAAUCUCUAAAACUCCAGAGUAUGGUACUACCACAAAUAUUGCUACCACAACAUCUGCUUCUGCGGCUACCACUAAACCUAUUGGUACCACAACCACCACAACUAUCCCCACAUUGACCUCCACUGGCACUACUACUCAGUCUGUGAGUAAACCUGAUUCUACAACAAACACAAUGUCAGGUGGAGCUACUAUUACAACAGUACCAGCACCCACAACUCCAGAAUUUGGUACUACCACAACUGUUUCUACCACAACUUCUGCUGCUGCUACCACUACACUUGCUAGUCCUAUGACCACAGUAUCUAGCCCUACGUCCUCCUCAGCAGUCAACACUGCUCAGUCUAUAAGUACAACAGCUGCACAGACAACCACAGCUUUAGGGGGAACUAUUACUACAACUGCAGAUGUCUCCACAACUCCAGAGGAUAAUAACACUACAAAUUUCCCUAACACAAUUUCUGCUACUGUUACCAAUACACCGACUGGUGCCUCAACCACCACAGCAAGUCCUAUAUCCUCCUCAGUUGGCACCACUAUUCAGUCUGUGGGUAUAACUGCUGCACCAGCAACUACAAUAUCAGGAGGAGCUACUUCCACAACUGUAGUAACCUCCACAACUACAGAGGAUGGUACUACCAAAAAUCUUGCUACCACCGCUUCUGCCUCUGAUAUUACCACUACAUCUACUGGUACCACAAUCAACACAGCUAUCCCUACAUCCUCUUCAGCAGGAAUUACUACUCAGUAUGUGAGUACAACAGCUCCUCCGACAAUCACAGUGUCAGGUGUAGCUACUACUACAAAUGCAGCAGCCUCCACAACUUCAGAGGAUGGUUCUACCACAACUGUUGCUACCACAACUUCUGCGGGUGCUGCCACUACACCUACUGGUUCCACAUCCACCACAACUACCCCUAGAUCCUUCUCAACAGACUACACUACUCAUUCUGUAAGAAAAACUGCUGUGCCCACAACUACAGUAUCACUGGAAGCUACUAGAACUGCAACAGCCUCCACAAGUCCGGCUGAUGCUACUACCACAAAUGUUUCUACCACAACUACUGCUGCUGCUACCCCUACACCUACUAGUCCCACAACCACAACAUCUAGCCCUACAUCCUCCUCUGCAGUCACCACUACUCAGUCUGUGAGUAAAACUGCUGCACAAACAAACACAGUAUUUCGAGGAACUGCUACUACAACUGCAGAAGUCUCCACAGCUCCAGAGGAUGGUACUACCACAAAUUUUGCUGCCACUACUUCUUCUACUGCUACCGAUACACCUACCCAUGCCUCAACCAACACAACAAGCCCUAUAUCCUUCUCAGCUGGCACCACUUCUCAGGCUGUGAGUACAACUGUUUCACCAGCAACCACAGUAUCAAGGGCAUCUACUACCGCAACUGUAGCAAUCUCUAAAACUCCAGAGGAUGGUACUACCACAAAUAUUGCUACCACAACUUCUGCGGCUGCUGCUACCACUAAACCUACUGAUGCCACAACCACCACAACUAUCCCCACAUUGACCUCAACAGGCACUACUACUCAGUCUGUGAGUAAACCUGGUUCUCCAAUAAACACAGUGUCAGGUGGAGGUACUAUUACAUCAGUACCAGCACCCACAACUCCUGAAUUUGGUACUAUCACAACUUCUGCUACCACAACUUCUGCUUCUGCUGCCACUAUACCUACUAGUCCCAUAAGCAAAACAUCUACCCCUACAUCCUCCUCAGCAGUCAACACUGCUCAGUCUGUAAGUACAACGGCUGCACAGACAACCACAGAUUUAGGGGGAACUACUACUACAACUACAGAUGUCUCCACAAUUCCAGAUGAUGGUACUACUACAAAUUUUGCUAACACAAAUUCUACUACUUCUACCGAUACAGCUACUGGUGCCUCCACUACAACAAGCGCUAUAUCCUCCUCAGUUGGCACCACUACUCAGUCUGUGAGUACAACUUCUGCAAUAGCAACUACAGUAUCGGGAGCAGCUAGUACCACAACUAUAGCAACCUCCACAAAUCCAGAGGAUGGUAUUACCAAAAAUCUUGCUAUGACAACUUCUUCCUCUGAUGCUACCACUACAUCUACUGGUACCACAAUCAACACAACUAUCCCUACAACCUCUGCAGCAGGAAUUACUACUCAGUAUGUGAGUACAACAGCUCCUCCGACAAUCACAGUGUCAGGUGUAGCUACUACUACAACUGCAGGAGUCUCCACAACUUCAGAGGAUGGUUCUACCACAACUGUUGCUACCACAACUUCUGCGGCUGCUUCCACUACACCUAAUGGCUCCACAUCCACCACAACUAACCCUAGAUCCUCCUUAGCAGACUACAACACUCAUUAUGUAAGAAAAACUGCUGUGCCCAAAACUACAGUACCACUGGUAGCUGCUAGAACUGCAACAGCUUCCACAACUCCGGCUGAUGCUACUAUCACAAAUGUUCCUACCACAACUUCUGCUGCUGCUACCACUACACCUACUAGUCCCACAACCAUAACAUCUAGACCUACAUCCUCCUCAGCAGUCACCACUACUCAGUCUGUGAGUACAACUGCUGCACAUACAAUCACAUUAUUUGGGGGAACUUCUACUACAACUGCAGAAGUCUCCACAGCUCCAGAGGAUGGUACUACCACAAAUUUUGCUACCACAACUUCUUGGGCUGUUACCAAUACACCUACUGUUUCCUCAACCACUACAACUAGCCCUAUAUCCUCCUCAGCUGGCACCACAGCUCAUUCUGUGAGUACAACUGCUCUACCAGCAACCACAGUAUCAGGGGCAGCUACUACCCCAACUGUAGCAACCUUCACAACUCCAGAGGAUAGUACUACCACAAAUGUUGCUACCACAACAUCUGCCGCUGCUACUAACACUACACCUACUGGUGCCACAACCACCACAACUAUUCCCACAUCAACCUCUGCUGGCACUACUACUCAGUCUGUGAGUAAAACUGUUUCUCUGACAACCACAGGUGGAGCUACUAUUACAACAGUACCAGCACCCACAACUCCAGUAAUUGGUACUACCACAACUUUUGCUGCUGCUAGCACUACACCUACUGAUCACACAAACACAGUAUCUAGUCCUACAUCAUCCUCAGCAGGUGCCACAAUUCAGUCUGUGAGUAUAACUGCUGCACUGACAACCACUAUAUCAAGGGGACCUACUACUACAACUACAUCAAUCUCCACAAGUCCAGAGGAUGGAUCUACCACAACUGUUGCUGCCACAGCUUCUGUUUCUACCACUUCACCCACUGGUACCACAGUCACCUCAACUAGCCCUACAUCCUCCUCAGAAGGCACCGCCACUCACCCUGUGAGUAUAACUGUUGCACCCACAACCACCAUGUCAGGGGGAGCUUCUACUACAAAUGCAGCAUCCUCCACAACUCCUGAGGAUGAUACUACCGUAAAUGGUACUACCGCAAAUGUUGCUUCCACAACUUAUGCCGCUGCUUCUACCACUACACCUAGUGAUGCUAAAAUUACCAAAACUAUCUUUAGAUCCUUGUCAGAAAACAUUACUACUCACUCUGUCAGUACAACUGCUGCACCAACUACCACAGUAUUAGGGACAGUUACUACUACAACUGCAGCAGCCUCCACAAAUCCAGAGAAUAAUACUACAAAGUUUUCUACCACAACUGCUGCUGCUGAUGUUACCACUACAUCUAUUAGUGCCAAAACCAACACAACUGGCCCUACAUCCUCUGCAUCAGGCACUACUACACAGACUAUGAGUACAACUUCUGAACCGACAACCACAGUAUUAGGGGGAACUACUACUACAACUACAGAAGCUUCCUUAUAUACAGCUACCACAAGUUCUGUGCCCUCUACCACUACACCUACUAGUGCCACAUCCACCACAACUAGCCCUACAUCCUCCUCAACUGGCACCACUAGUCAUUCUGUGAGUACAACUGUUGCACCAACACCCACAAAGUCAUGGGGAGCAAGUACUACAACUUCACCAGCCUCCACAAUUCUAGAGGAUGUAGCUACCACAACUAUUACUACCACAACUUCUGCUGCCACUACCACUACACCUACUGGUGGCACACCCACCACAAAUGUCUCUACAUCCUCCUCAGCAGACAUCUCUACUCAGAAUGUGAGUAUAACUACUACACUGAAAACCACAGAAUCAGGGAGAGCUACUUCUACAACAGCAACAACAUCCACAAAUCCAGAGGAUGGAACUAAUACAACGGCUGCUACCACAACUUCUGCUGCUACUACCACUACAACUAUUGAUGCCACAACACCCAAAACUAGCCCAAAUUCCUCUUCAGCAAGCACUACUACUCAGUCUGUGAGUACAGCUCCUGCACCCACAACCACAGUAUCAGUGGGAGCUACUACUGUAUCUACUGCAGCUUCCACAACUCCAGAGGAUGGUACUACCACAACUGUUGCUAACACAACUUCUCCUGCUGCUAACUCUAUACCUACUGGUGCCACAAUCACCACAACUAGCCCAACAUCCUUCUCAGCAAGCACCAGUAUUCAUUCUGUGAGUACAACUGUUACACCCACAACCACAGUAUCAGGAGGAGCUGCUACCACAACUGCAGCAGCCUCUGCAACUCCAGAGGAUGGUACUACCACAACUGUUGCUAACACAACUUCUCCUGCUGCUAACUCUAUACCUACUGGUGCCACAAUCACCACAACUAGCCCAACAUCUUUCUCAGCAGGCACCAGUAUUCAUUCUGUGAGUACAACUGUUACACCCACAACCACAGUAUCAGGAGGAGCUGCUAUCACAACUGCAGCAGCCUCCACAACUCCAGAGAAUGGUACUACCACAACUGUUGCUAACACAACUUCUCCUGCUACUGCGAUCACUACACCUACUCGUGCCACAACCAACACAACUAUCCCUAUAUAUUCAUCUGCAGGUACCACUAUUCAGUCUGUGAGUUUAACUGCUGUACCGACAACCAUAGUAUCAGAAGGAGCUACUACUACAACUUCAACAGACUCUACAACUCCAAAGGAUGGUACUAACACAACUGUUGCUACCACUACUUUUGCUGCUACUGUUACCACUGCACCUACUAGUGCUGCAACCACCACAACUCGCUCUACAUCCUCUGUAUCAGGCACCACUCAACAGACUGUGAGUACAACUGCUGCAAUGACAAGCUCAGUAUCAGGGGGAUCUAAUACUACAACUGCAGCAACUUUCUCAUAUACAGAGGAUGGAACUACCACAACUGUUGCUACCACAGCUUCUACUGCCACUACCACUUCACGUACUGGUGUCACAACUAGCCUAAAUUCCUCUUCAGUAGGCACCACUACUCAGUCUCUGAGUAUAGCUGCUGCUCCCACAACCACAGUAUCAGGGAGAGCUACUAUUACAACUGCAGAAGCCUCCACAACUCCAGAGGAUGAUAUUAUAACAACUGUUGGUACCACAACUUCCAGUGCUGCUACUACCACUACUUCUACUCGUGCCACUACCACCACAACCAGCCCUACAUCCUCCUCAACAGGCACCAAUUAUCACUCUGUGAGUACAGCUGCUGCACCGACUACCACACUAUUAGGAGGAGCUACUACUACAACUGCAGCUACCUCUACAACUCCAGAAGAUGGUACUAUUACAACUGUCACUGCCACAAAUUCUGCUGCUGCUACCACUAAACGUACUGGUGCCACAUCUACCAAAACUGGCCCUAGAUCCUCCUCAGCAGACACUACUCCUCAGUCUGUGAGUACAAAUUUGCCACUGACAACCACAGUGUCAGGUGAAAAUAUUACUACAAAUCCAGUAGCCUACACAACUUCCGAGGAUCGUACUACCACAACUGUUGCUAUUACAACUUCUACUGAUGCUACCACUGCACCUUCUGUUGCCACUACAACAACUACUCCUAUAUCCUUCUCAGUACGUUCCACAAUUCAGUCUGUGAGUGCGACUGCUGCAUCAACAAGAACAGUAUCAGAGGGAGCUACUACUACAACUGCAGCAGCCCCCACAACUCCAGAGGAUGGUACUACCACAGCUGUUGCUACCACAACUUCUGCUGCUGCUACCUCUGCACCAAUUGGUGCCACAUCCACCACAACUAGUCCUACGUCCUCCUCAGCAGAUAUCACUACUCAGUCCAUGAGUACAACUUCUGUACCGGGGACCACAGUAUCAGGGGGAACUACUACUACAACUGCAGGACCUUCCACAACUCCAGAGGAUAUUAUUACCACAAGUGUUGGUACCACAACUUCUGCUGCUGUUACCACUACACCUUUUACUCCCACAACCACCACAACUAGCCCUACAUCCUUCUCAGCAGGCACCACUUCUGAGUCUGGGAGUUCAACUGCUGCAACAACAACCACAGUAUCAGGGGGAGCUAUUACUACAACUGCAGCAGCCUCCACAACUCCAAAGGGUGAUACUACCACAACUGUUACUAACCCAACUUCUGCUCCUCCUACCACUAUACGUACUGGUACCACACCCACCACAACUAGCCCUACAUCCUCCUCAGCAGGCAGCAAUAUUACAACUGCAGCAAUCUCCACAACUCCUAAUGUUGGUACUACAACAACUGCUGCUACUACAACUUCUGUCACUGUUACUAUACCUCCUUCAACUCCCACUACAACUACAGCCAGUGUUGCCACCACCACACCAAGUAUUUCUUCUUUUACUACUGAAUCUGAUACAUUGACAACUGUGAUUGAAGCCACCACUGAGAACUCUGCUGCUGCAACUAUAGAAGCUCAGGUCACCAUUGAACAAGAAGACACAACUACUGAAGCUGGGGAUGAGAAAGAAGAAGAUGAGAGUACUGAAGACAUCACAACUCCGACUGAAGAUGAUACAGCUGCUGUUACAGCUAUAGAAGAUCCAUUCAUUAUUGAAGAAAACAAGAAUACUGAAGACACCACAACUCCUGCUGAAGAUGCUACAACUGCUGUUAUAGUUAUAGAAGAUCCGUUCAUUAUUGAAGAAGAAGACACAACUACAGAAGCUGAGGAUGAGGAAGAUGAGAGUACUGAAGACACCAUAACUCUUGAUGAAGAUACUACAGCUGGUGUUACAAUUAUAGAAACUCAGGUCAUCAUUGAAGAAGAAGACCCAACUGCUGAAGCUGAGGAUGAGGAAGAAGAAGAUGAGACAACUGAAGACACCACAACUCCUGCUGAAGAUGCUACAACUGUACCAGAUAAUGCUACAACACCUUCAACUGACUUCACAGCCACAGAAGCAGAUUCCACCUCUGAAAGUACUGCUACAACCACUGCAGAAGACACUACAACUGCAGCUGCUACUUCAGCACCAUCAGAUACUACCACCUCAUCACCUAAAGAAACAUUCAUUGCUCCAGCCAGCACAACAGUAGCAACAGCUACUACAACUGAAGCCAGUACUAUCCCAACUGCUCCUGGUUCAUCUAAUGAUGCCAUAACUGCAGGAGUCACUACCACGACAGUAGCAGCAACUACAACAGCUUCAGCCAGUAUUGUCAACAUUGAAUCUCAAAAAACUUUGUAA